UUUGAAUCGGAACAGAGUUGCUCUCAAUUAUUAUCGACGCCUGGAAACGUCAUCCACGUAUUUCUCUCUGGUAAAAUUUGCAAGUUUCAACAUCCGAGCUCGAAAAAAGGUUAAGCAACUGGAAUCAUAAUGGAGCCUCACACGCGCGCAACUUGUGACGGCUGCGACCUUUGGGGCAACGGAAUAACUGGCUGCCGCUUCAAGUGCUUGCAGUGCGCCGACUUUGAUUUGUGUCAGAGCUGCUAUGACGCCAAGGUGGUGAAUGGGCCGCACAAGUCGAAGCAUCCAAUGCAGUGCCUGCUGGACGAGGAUGCUAAGAAGCUGUACUUUGCCGUGAAGCCAAUUGCCUAUCUGAACGCCAAUAGCUUCACUUGCCCCAUUUGCGGCUCCAUGGGCCAUUCGAACGUCGAACUUGUGAAGCAUGUGGUUGCCCAGCACAACGACGACCGCAGCGACGCCAUCUGUCCACUGUGCGUGGCCGUGCCCAUGGCCCCACCCGGCCGCUUGCUCAACAUUUCGCAGCACUUUCGCCGUCAGCAUCGCGAACCGUCGAGCAUUCGCGCUGCCGUUGCCAGUGCAGAGGAGGAGUCGGGAAUAGCCAACAUUGCCGAUCGCCUCUCCCGUCACUCUUUAGGAGAGGGUGCGCCCUCCAGACUGCCACAACGUCGUCUGCACGUCCGUAUCGCUCGCAUGGGGCCAUCCAAUCCCUUGCCCCCCGAUACUAGCAGCGAGGAGGCGGACUAAGCUGCCUAAGCAAAUCUGUUCCGCUGAAGAUGUGGAGGAUUGCACAUAUACCUACAGAGAUCAACGCACACCACCUACACACAUACUAUGCAUAUGCAUACGGAUCCACUGUCUCCACGCACACAUUAAUACAGAUACACGAACACUACAUAUGCAUACAAAUGAACGCCGCAACUGUGCUGGAAAG